UGAAUAUCAACGGUGGUGUUGAACGAUCAAAAUCGGUCAUGUCUACUUGCCAAUGGGAUACCACGUGGGAUGUUGAUUUUGACCAAAUAACAUGUGUUGCUACUCAUUGCUACGAUAUCAUUCCUAAUAAUGAGUUGAGCCAUAAUCUGAGGGCUGAAAUUCAAGGAACAAUGAACUACUCAAGCCCCCUGAGAUUGCCAUUUGGUGAAUCCUUUGAGUAUCGAUGCCUUGAAGGGUUGAAGUUUGCAGAGGAUCCGAGUGGAUCCAAUGACUCCUUCCAGGUUUUGUGCACCAAAGAUAACGGAUACCAAUUUCCGAGCUCGUUUCCAAAAUGUGUUGCUAACACGACCUGUAUCUUGCCUUCCAAUAUCCACUCCACUCAAAAGCACACGGAUACACCUUUAGAAACCGAGUUCACUAAUGGUGAAAUGUUCAAGUAAAUUUAGUCAUUCACCACGA